AUGCCGGUGCAGCUGACGACAGCACUGCGUGUGGUGGGCACCAGCCUGUUUGCCCUGGCAGUGCUGGGUGGCAUCCUGGCAGCCUACGUGACAGGCUACCAGUUCAUCCACACAGAGAAGCACUACCUGUCCUUUGGCCUGUACGGCGCCAUCCUGGGCCUGCACCUGCUCAUCCAGAGCCUGUUUGCCUUCCUGGAGCACCGGCGCAUGCGGCAGGAUGGCCAGUCACUGAAGCUGGCCUCCCCACGACAGCGCUCAGUGGCACUCUGCAUCGCUGCCUACCAGGAAGACCCCGACUACUUGCGCAAGUGCCUGCGCUCGGCCCAGCGCAUUGCCUUCCCCGACCUCAAGGUGGUCAUGGUGGUAGAUGGCAAUCGCCAGGAGGACGCCUACAUGCUGGACAUCUUUCAUGAGGUGCUGGGCAGCACUGAGCAAGCUGGCUUCUUUGUGUGGCGCAGCAACUUCCAUGAGGCGGGUGAAGGCGAGACAGAAGCCAGCCUGCAGGAGGGCAUGGACCGAGUGCGGAACUUGGUGCGGGCCAGCACCUUCUCCUGCAUCAUGCAGAAGUGGGGAGGCAAGCGUGAAGUCAUGUACACGGCCUUCAAGGCCCUUGGUGAUUCAGUGGACUACAUCCAGGUGUGUGACUCUGACACUGUACUGGACCCAGCCUGCACCAUCGAGAUGCUUCGAGUCCUGGAGGAGGAUCCCCAAGUAGGGGGAGUCGGGGGAGAUGUUCAAAUCCUCAACAAGUAUGAUUCGUGGAUCUCCUUCCUGAGCAGUGUGAGGUACUGGAUGGCUUUCAAUGUGGAGCGGGCCUGCCAGUCCUACUUUGGCUGUGUGCAGUGUAUUAGCGGGCCCUUGGGCAUGUACCGUAACAGCCUCCUCCAGCAAUUCCUGGAGGACUGGUACCAUCAGAAGUUCCUAGGCAGCAAGUGCAGCUUUGGGGAUGACCGGCACCUCACCAACCGAGUCCUGAGCCUUGGCUACCGGACUAAGUAUACAGCACGCUCCAAGUGCCUCACAGAGACCCCCACAAAGUACCUCCGGUGGCUCAACCAGCAGACCCGCUGGAGCAAGUCUUACUUCCGAGAGUGGCUCUACAACUCUCUGUGGUUCCAUAAGCACCACCUCUGGAUGACCUACGAAUCCGUGGUCACAGGUUUCUUUCCCUUCUUCCUCAUCGCCACAGUCAUACAGCUUUUCUAUCGUGGCCGCAUCUGGAACAUUCUCCUCUUCCUGCUGACAGUGCAGCUGGUGGGCAUUAUCAAGGCUACCUAUGCCUGUUUUCUUCGGGGCAAUGCAGAAAUGAUCUUCAUGUCCCUCUACUCCCUUCUCUAUAUGUCCAGCCUCCUGCCAGCCAAGAUCUUUGCCAUUGCUACCAUCAACAAGUCUGGCUGGGGCACCUCUGGCCGAAAAACCAUUGUGGUGAACUUCAUUGGUCUUAUCCCUGUGUCCAUCUGGGUGGCAGUUCUUCUUGGGGGGCUGGCCUAUACAGCUUAUUGCCAGGACCUGUUCAGUGAGACGGAGCUAGCCUUCCUUGUUUCUGGGGCCAUCCUAUAUGGCUGCUACUGGGUGGCCCUCCUCAUGCUGUAUCUGGCCAUCAUCGCCAGGCGAUGUGGAAAGAAGCCAGAGCAGUACAGCUUGGCUUUUGCUGAAGUGUGA